AUGAAUUAUAUGAAGAAUUGGGCUGUGUUUUAUGGGGCCACAGGUCCUCUGGAGCCGGGUACCGAUACCGACGAUAUUGCGCGGCACCGGAUAUCUUUUAGUCUGAAUAGAGAGACAUCGCCCGCAAUUAGAAACGAUGAAACGGCGGACCAGACCGCUCCCUCGCUCGACCCUCCCUGUUUCGCCCCAGCCUCGUCCGGUUAUUUGAUUAAUCUCAUUGCCCCCGACCCACAGAUAACUAAUCCGAAUAGUGAACUAAUAGACCCUGGGCCAUUAGACUUCAGCCCUCAUUCCAGUGAAUUGAACUUAAACUUUGAAGAUCUUGCAAUACCCUCCGUAGAGGUUGAAGAAAUCCCUAACCAAGCUACAGGAACUGAAACACAAACACCAAAUAUUCCUUCCACGAUUAGUCCUGACAAUAACCUCAUGGAACCUAGAGAAAAUUCUGAUACUCUGAUACUCCUCUAA